AUGGACAAAAGUAAAGAAGAAAGAUACCAACAGGCACUCCAGGAAAUGGACAAGCGUCUAUCCGGAAUAGCCAAAGAAGUAAAAGAAAUCAAGGAAACGAUACGGGACCUCUUGGGAUAUAGAGAGGUGGAACCCACGAAGGGACACGGACACGGUCAGGAGCCGCAGGCGUCACCGCAGACGCCACAGCACGAGGUCGUACAGGCCGACAGGGAGGGGAGCUGGGACAACAACAACAUGACCUCCCCCAACCUUUACCAAACGUGCGAGCGGAUUAUAAGUCCAAGCUUCUCAGAUAUCUCACCGCCCAGCCCCAUGCCAACGACAAAAACAUCGACUGAAGCGUCCGGCGGCCCCGGCGGCCCUGGCGAAUCGGCUGCACCGGCGCUGCCGCCUGGGCAGGAGAACGGGUCGGCGGACGCGCGGGCCUGCACGCCGCGGGAGCGGCCAUCACGCACACCACCACCACCACCAACAACCCCCCCCAACACACCCACCCCUACCGAGCGCUCCAUACCCCCGCUGGAGAGACUGAGAAAGUUGCUGUCUCCACAUCUCCGCUGGCAUCCCUGCCCCGCAGCGGUAAAAGCAGCCGCAGAGGGAGUGACUGGGGAGACAGCGGAGGAGGAGAAGGCCAGCGAGGUGUCUUCCACCACGGAGUCAACACCUCGAAAAAGGAAGGGGAAAGGAAAUGCACAGGACGAGGGGAGCCGCAAGCGAAGCCUGAGCCUGAGUAGCUCGAGUAGCUCAGGCAGUAGCGGCAGCAGCGGCAGCAGCGGCAGCGGCAGAACCGGAAACAGCUCCAGCUCCGGUUCCAGUUCCAGCUCCUCAACAACAUCAUCUGGAGCAGCAACAGCUACGGAAGAAACAACAACAUUAAUGAAGACAAUGGACCAAAAUAUAAAGACAAACAACAAACAUAAGAUAUCAGAAAAACCUAACGUCCUUAGUGCUCCACAGAAAACAUGA